AUGGCUCCUGGAUUCCACUUCUGGGUCCUGGUCUGCUGGUUGGUGGUAACUAUGGCAGAAGGACAAGAUGUCCCCACCCCUUCUGAGGGCUCACCAAAUAACGUGAACCCUACAGACUGCCAGAUCUUCACACUCACCCCUCCGCCGCCCUCCACAAGGAAGCCUACCUUAACCAGGGUCCAACCCAACCCGAGGACACCCCGGUGGGUGUGGCUUUAUUUUCUGCCAAGAAGGCCCGGCUUCUACCCGAGGCCUCCUAACGGACCUUUCCUCCUUCCAAACCACAACCACCGCUUCCCAUUGUCCCGUCCUUUCUUCCCGACACGAGGUGGACCGAAUGCUGGGAGGUACUUCCCCGGAGGACUGCUCCAGAGUAGAAGCUCAUCUGAGGAAAGCGUAGAGAAGUGAG